AUGAAGGACAUCGAACUCGAACUUGAAGAAGAAGUAUUGGAUCAUCGCAACUUGAUUCAUUGGUCCCUUUCCAAUGGAACCAGAAACGAAACCAAUCUACCGUUGAACAUGCAGUUUAACGACGGUCAUAGACUAUCGAUAAUAGUGUAUAGUGUACUAAUGGCGUUUUCGGCCGUGGCUAAUAUUACUGUGUUAGUGUUGAUAAUGAAAAGACGCAAAAAGAACCCUUCUAGGAUAAAUACGAUGCUAGUCCAUUUAUCUAUUGCGGAUUUACUGGUCACAUUCCUGAUGAUGCCUCUAGAGAUAGCUUGGGCUUCGACUGUACAAUGGUUGGCUGGAGAUGCGAUGUGCAGGAUUAUGAUGUUUUUCCGAACGUUCGGAUUAUACUUAUCCAGCUUCAUUCUCGUCUGUAUCAGCGUAGACAGAUUUUACGCUGUAUUAAAACCACUAGAUAUGGGCAACCAAAGGGAAAAAAUUAUGGUAGCAAGUGCUUGGAUCGGUGCUUGCGUUUGCAGUGCUCCACAGAUGGCAAUCUUUCACGUGGAAGUGCACCCUAAUGUGACGUGGUAUUACCAGUGCGUCACGUACAACGUUUUUCCGUCAGUGGCCCACGAAUUGGCCUACGUCAUCGGAGGAAUGCUGAUGAUGUAUGCCUUGCCCUUGGUGGUCAUUAUUUAUUCUUAUGCGUCCAUACUUUUGGAGAUAUUCAGAAGAACUAGAAAUCCUGGUGGUGCCGACAGCAUCACCAGAUCCAGCCUGCCCUUCCUGGGCAAAGCCAAAAUCAGAACCCUCAAGAUGACGAUUAUCAUCGUGUUCGUAUUCUUUAUUUGUUGGACUCCCUAUCAAGUUAUGAGCAUCUGGUACUGGUACGACAGAACCUCGGCGCUAGCGGUGGACGAGCGAGUCCAAAAAGGACUGUUCCUCUUCGCCUGCACGAAUUCCUGCAUGAACCCGGUGGUGUACGGCAUGUUCAAUAUCAGGACGCGCCGAAGGGGCAAGGUGAGAACGUAUACGACGAGCACGCACGCCAAUGGUACGACGCCGUCUCUGCAUUCGCGUACGGAAACGCGUCUAUCAAUCAAAAGUUGCCAUUAA